GUCAGUGUAGCAUACCCAGGAAACCAGGCUGCGGCAUUGAUUGCAUGUACCCGCAUUUGCACAACUACCUGGCAGGCAGCCAAGAUUCAUGUCGUAUACAAAGCGCCACGUCACUGUCUAUACGACAGUCCUAGUUUCUCUUUCAUUAUGCGUUGUACAGAAAGAUUGGGGCGGCCAUAGCAGCACAGCAAAUAUUGGAUAGCUAAAGCUAUGGAUAGCGAAGACAGAGAGGUGACAGCUCCGUACUUCACGGGGAGGAACAAGGCACUGAAGCUCACUGAAGUGUUGGAGAUACUGGACAACCCUGAUGACAAACGGGCUAUAGUAACAACCCCAGCUCAACCCCAUGGAGGAGACGGGUACUUGUACAGGGUGGAGGCAGACUCGGUGGAAGACUCAUGGAAGAAUGACAGCUACCACUUCAAGCAUAUUGGUUCCCAGGAACAACCCAACCCUGCACCCAAGGUCGUCAAGCAGUACUUCGUGGCUUAUAAAAGUGAUGGCAGCACCACCAAGUCUUUUAAACGACAGGCAUACAACUUGCUCGGGGCAGACGUGAAAUAUAUGUUAGUACACUACAUAGGAAAACACACAGAAGCGUUAUCGGAUCCAAAAUAUGAGAAACGUUUGAAUGCGGCCCUCCCCCUUGGAUCUGAGGUGGUGAACCCUGGCGUAAGAAAAGCUGGUUCUGGAGAUGAAGAUGGUGGAGAAAGGGAGACAAGUGAUAUGGAAUGUGAUCAUGAUCCUGCAAAUACGAACUCUCCUACUUCCCAGCCUUCCUCAGGUGAAGUUAGCUCGAAGAAAAGGAAACAUGACCCUGAUAUUGUGAAUAUGUGUGUGAAAACUCCUAAAUGUUCAGAAAGCGAACAAAUAACAGAAAACAAUUCGAUUGACAACAUAACCACCGAAUGUGUUAGUCAUCAACCUGAUGAAAGACCAACCAAUCUCAGAUCAUUCACCGAAAGUGUGCUGAACAAACGUACACAUAUCGUUAUCGCAAGGUGUGUGUUGAACCUGACACAAUACUGGGAGAAAAACACCACGUAUACUUCCCUUGACAGUCCGUGUUUAUCAUUAAUCGCUGACAUAAACAGUCAAUGGAGAAAUGACCUCGCAGAAGUCAGUGACAGGUUGAAGUGGUCACGACUUAGCCCGGACAUUCUCGGUGAUGACCAGUGCCCGGAGACGUAUCUCAGUCUGAUAUCAGCUGUCAUAGUAGGUGCAUAUCACAUGAAGACGGACAUCACAGAGUUUGUUGACACCCUCUAUAUGUACCCACAACAUGUGAUGAGUGACUACGCCGAGACAGAUGACGACGAUGGGACGGAUCCUCAGAUGUGCAAGGUGGGGCCCCACAGCAUACAGAGGAAUCAUCUCCUCGAUCCGACAGCAUGGCUUGGUGAUGAGGUCAUGCAAGCAUACAUGCAUGUCCUGCAGACCACUUGGAAUAGGAGCAGCAGCCAUCACUGCAUUGUACUUGAUUCCUUCCUGGUCAGCGAUUGGGAGAAAGACGAGUAUGACGGGCCUCCUUGCAAGGAGGAACUUGGAACUUACACGUGGAUCGUGAUGCCAGUGAACAUGCCACUAAAUAAACACUGGGUGCUUCUGGUCGCCAAUGCCCAGGAUGGAACAGUGGGCGUGGUCAACUCUAAGUGUGCUCUUAAUGUAGAGGACAAACUUAUUCAACAUUGGAGAAAAUAUACAUGCAGUUUGAGGAGAGCUGAUGGAUCAGUGGUCACAUGGAUAACGACAGAAUAUCCAGUACUCAGUCAAACAGAUGAGCAUAGCUGUGGCAUCUUUGUGAAUAUGGCACUAGAAGCUGUACUAUCGGAGGUGCCUCCCAGUGUCAUGAGGAGCUGCCACACUGUCUGGUACAGGAGGUACAUCUGGCGCAGACUGCGGGAAUAUGCAGAUGAACAUACACAGCCUGAUAUGGACACAGACAUGCUUGAGUCUCCAUGUGAAAAGCUGACAAAUAAUCCAGCGUCAACGAAGGCCAGAACAUUUGCGUAUACAAUAGUCAAUAGGUCGACCAGCAUAGAUGAUACGAGAUACAGUUUACAUAAAGCAGCCAGCCUCGGAGAUAUUAGACGCAUGCAUUUGUUGAUAGACCAGGGCGAGUUUGUAGCGAGUACCGAUGACCGAGGGUGGACCCCUUUGCACUGUGCCUGUGAAAACGGUCAUGGCGAAGCUGUUGCUGUUCUUGUUUCCAGGCGGAAGGGCGACGUACAAAAAAGAGCUAAACUUACUUUGUACAGUCCUAUCAUGGAUACGAAGUAUGCGUAUCUAGCGGGAAUAUUACCACUGCACAUUGCUUGUUUAAAUGGACAUGAGAAUGUAGCACACAUUUUAAUCAAAAGCGGUGCAAAUGUUGACGACAAAAGUGAAACUGGAACAACGGCUCUUUUUUUUGCUUCUGGUAACGGACAUAAAUCUGCAGUCGAAUUUCUGAUCAAGAGUGGUGCAAGUGUUACAGCUGUUAAUAAGGACGGAUGGACGGCACUACAUCAAGCUUGUCAGAAUGGACAUGAAUCUGUAGCCACACUUCUGAUCAAGAGUGGUGCAAGUGUUACGGCUGAAGACAAGGACGGAUGUACAGUUCUACAUAUAGCUUGUCAGAAUGGACAUGGUUCGUUAGCCGCACUUCUGGUCAAGUAUGGUGCAAGUGUUACAGCUGUUAAUAAAAACGGAUGGACGGCACUACAUCUAGCUUGUCAAAAUGGACAUGAAUCUGUAGCCGAAGUUCUGAUCAAGAGUGGUGCAAGUGUUACAGCUGAAGACAAGGAAGGAUGUACGGUUCUACAUAUAGCUUGUCAGAAUGGACAUGGUACGUUAGCCGCACUUCUGGUCAAGUAUGGUGCAAGUGUUACAGCUGUUAAUAAAGACGGAUCGUCGGCACUACAUCUAGCUUGUAAGAAUGGACAUGAAUCUGUAGCCACACUUCUGAUCAAGAGUGGUGCAAGUGUUACAGCUGUUGAUAAGGACGUUGCACGAUUUCUCUACUUGUAAGACCUGUAUGUGUGGAAAGAAUAUUUGACCAAAAUGCUUAUCUUUGCGUAUCUCCAAACACUGUUACCACUGAAUAUUCUUUUAUACUAGUAUAUUGAUGUUGUAUGCUUAAGGAAAUAGUUGAAACAUUUGUAUUAUCGACUGCAGAAUAUUAACAGUAUAUCCGAUUCAUGGCGAAUAUUCCUCGGUUCUUAAUAUUUCAGAAACUUUGAAGCAGUUUGAAAACGCUCGGACACAGACAGGAAAACCCACGGGGGAUAUACCACCGCUUGUCUUUUGACAACAGCAAUCUCCACGGGCGUAUAUCCGAUUACAUACUUUUAACAUUGAGGUGGUCAAGUUUUGAUCACCAUUAAAAAUACCUACCACUUGGAGACCCAAUCUCAUUAAAAGCAGAUCUUAGUUCUCGCUGCCGCUAAACAAAGAUCUGAGGACAUCCCAUUACGGGUCACGUUAGACCGACCUUUCACGAACUCUAACCGACCAAUGAAAUUACUAACAAGAAGUUGAUAUUAGCCAAUCAGAAGGCAGCUUUCUCGUGCUUUACGGCACUAAUUUCAAAUUGGCGACUACGCUUCGAAACAUAUUUUGACAAAUUCUCCCUUAAAAAAAUUGGAAAGUACAUUCUCGAAUGGCUAAUACAUGGUCUAGAUUGUAUAGAUUCAGUCGUUAAGCCCGUAACUAUCGUUCGGAAUACCCGUUUUAAAGUUUUGGAGGCUGCAUGAUUGGAAAUCGCAUUCCGCCUGUCACUUUCAUGAUCUGGUAAGCGACGCUCCGAUUGGUCAGAUGAAAGGUCGUGAACCCUAAUGGGAUGUCCUCAGAUCUUUGCUUAGCGGUAGAGAGAACUAAGAUCUCAUUUUAAUGAGAUUGCUUGGAGACCCAGCAUAGAUUUCUAUUAGAGUUUUAGGUCUUCCUAUCAUCAUUCGACCCGUGAAGAUUCCGGGGUAGAAUAGUUCUUCAGCAACCCAUACUUGCCGUAAAAGGCGACUAUGCUUGCCGUAAAAGGCGUCUAACGGGAUCGGGUGGUCAGGCUCGCUGACUUGGUUGAUACAUGUCAUCGAUCGCAAUUGCGUGGAUCGAUGCUCAUGAUGUCAAUCACUGGAUUGCCUGGUCCAGACUCGAUUAUUUUACAGACCGCCGUCAUAUAGCUGGAAUAUUGCUGAGUGCAGCGUUAAACAACAAACAAACAAAUCCUAUCAUCAUUCAUUCAAAAAGCUUUCAAAAUGCGCAAAACUGUUUUCAGUCGACUAUAAAUAACAUAUACUUUCUGUUACUCUGUACACAAUAUUAUACUAUCUAAAGCUACAUGGUAUAUGGAAGCAGUCUGUAUAUAAUCAAGUAUGGACCAGACAAACCAGUGACUGAUGUCGGUUAAUGAUGACACACAAUCAACUAAGUUACUGAGCCUGACAUAAAGACAUCGUGUUCACAAUUCACAUAAAGUCUAUGUGACCUAAUGCCUUUUAUAUAUGCUAACCAACAUUAGCUCUCAUUGAGAGGUGGGAACAGUAGAACGUGUUUUAAUGUCCACUUUCGGGCGUGGUUUUCAUUUGUUACAAGAAGGUCAUAGGAAUUGCCUACCAUGUCAGUUAUCGCAACUGUCAUUGAGACGUUUGAUGCACAGAGUUUCAUAUAUACCACGAAAUGUUUACUGAAUGAAUUGAAUUUUAUUACUGACUAUAAUAUUUAAAAUGUUUUGAAUAAUAAAAAGAAACAUAUAUAGUAUUUUAUUGGUGUCCUUCAGAUAAAUUUUAAAAUAUU